AUGGUUUUGAAAAUCAAGAGACAAAGGGUAAACAGGGAGUCAGGAGUACUCGCAAUUAGCUCAAGUGGUGACUUAGCCACAAGUGUAGCCAUCUACCACUUGAGCAUUAAUAUUUACAAGAAUGUCCUGAAAGAGAAUACGGAGAGCAAGUCCAGAGCUUUCUUCAAGGUACUGAGUUCCUCUCCUGGUUCCUUGCUGUACUUUCAUGAGGCCUCCAGCAUCAGCGGGUAUUUGGUAUCGUACUACAAGGACAUCCUGAAAACGGACCGCAGAUUCCAGGCAUUUAUCAGACAGAAGUCCAACCACCCGCUCAUGAAGAAGAAGGGCAUUCCCGAGUGCAUCCUGUUCGUGACGCACCGAGUAACCAAAUACCCGCUGAUGCUGGAGGCGCUCAUGAAGUACAGCAAGGACCAGGAGGAGGAACUCAGUACCUUGAAGAAAGCUCUGGACUUGGUGAAGGUAAGAUUCGCUGAAAAAAUAAAAGUUAAGAAGUCUGAUUUCUUCUCAAGAAGUAGAAAACUCAAAUUCGAAGGUUCAGCGAUCUUAAGUCAACAAAAGGGCAAACCCAUUCUGGUGCAGGUUGUGGUGUUAUCAGAUUUAGUCUUCUUCCUUUUGGAAAAUAACCAGAAGUACUACUUUUUCUCGCCUGAUUCAAAGCAGGCUGGUGUUAUCCCAUUAGACAAGCUUAUAGUGAGAGAGAAGGCAGGGGAAGGAUCGCGUGCUAUCUACCUUAUCUACUCGAAGAAUACCGCAGAAAUGUUCGAGUUUGAAUGCCAACAUCCAAAAGAUAAGAAAAUAUGGUUGGAAUCUAUAAGAGAAGCCAUUGAUCAGUGUCCAGAUGAAGAGGACAUGGGCGAUAACUCCAGCGAGAAUUCCAAGUUGCAGGAAGCCAAUUCCGAAAAGAUCCGGGAAAUACUAGGUAUUCUGCAGCACAAAGACAAGGAUUUGGCAAGAAUAUGUGAAGACAAGAUGAAUGCAGUGACGGAAUUGCUAGAGUUGUUAGGCAAUGAUGAAUUCCCUCCUACUCCACAGUACCGAGCACUGCUUGAUGAGCACCAUUUAGAUCACAAUGCUGCUCGAGACUUGCAAAUAAAUUCACUCAUGGAAGCCCUAAGAUUAGUGAGUGGGGCUUGUGGCUGGGGUUCUAACCUCGCUCGUUCAGUGAGUUCUGUGGGAGAACACCAGAGUGACGCCUAUGUGUCGCCCAGCCUCCCCAAGAGAGCAGAAAACAUUUGGAGGAUUUGA